AUGGCUGCACAGGAGACAUCUCCACCAUCUUCGUUGGAAGGCAACAAACCAGGGUUCCCCCCAAAAAUAUUGGCAAACAAUCUCGAAGAUAAGCAUUUGUGUAAUUCCUGUCUUAAAAUAUUGAGAAGGCCUUUGCAAGCCCAAUGCGGUCAUCGCUAUUGUUUAUAUUGUUUCCAUAAAAUUGUGAGUUCUGGACCACAGGAAUGCAAUUCUUGCUUAAAGGAAGACUUGUUUGAGGAUACAACAUCCAUACUCAAGCAAGGCGGUGCUUUUCCAGAUAAUGCAGCUCGCAGAGAAGUAGAGGCCCUGUCAGCUGUUUGUCCAAACGAGGGAUGCACUUGGACAGGCAACAUUAAAGAAUAUGAGCUGAACCAUGAGGGCAAGUGUGACUUCAUGAUCAUCCUCUGUCACUCAUGUAAAGAGCUCAUGAGGUCUAAUGAACUGGAGCGCCACAAUGACCGCGAAUGUCCAGAGAGGACUCUCAACUGCAAGUACUGCAAGGAACCUUUUCAUUUCAAAAACAUAAAGGCUCAUGAUGAAAUGUGUCCAAAGUACCCCAUGAUUUGUGAAGGCUGCGCAAAGAAAAAGAUACCCAGAGAAAAGUACAUGGACCAUAUUAAGUUCUGCAGUAAAUUCAGAGCACCUUGCAGAUUUCAUGUUGUUGGCUGCGAUAUGUCUGUGGAAAAGGAGAAGAUCCACGACCACGAACGUGCAUGUUCUUACGAACACUUGAACAUGCUCUUGCACUUCAUCAUGGGCAUCAAGUUACAGCUCCACAGUGAGAAGACCAAGGUGGCAGAGCUCAGCCAGAGGUGUCAGGAGUUGGAGCUGAAAGUGGGCACCUUUGAGAACAUUGUGUGCGUCCUCGACCGAGAGAUGGAGCGCUCCUGCACCAACAUGGAGGCCUACAAUCGUCAACAUCGCUUGGACCAGGACAUGAUCGAGAUCCUCAACAACAAGGUGUGUCAGCUGGAGAGAACGGUAGGCUUGAGGGACCUGUCCAUCGUGGAGAUGGAGGGGAAGAUAAGGGAGAUGUCUGCAGCCACUUUUGAUGGUAUCUUUGUCUGGAAGAUCUCUGACUUCACUAAGAAGAGACAAGAUGCUGUGGCUGGACGGGCCCCGGCAAUGUUCUCUCCAGCGUUCUACACCAGUAAGUAUGGCUACAAGAUGUGUCUGCGCAUAUACCUGAAUGGAGAUGGGACAGGCCGAAGUAGUCACUUAUCUCUGUUCUUUGUGGUGAUGAGGGGACACAGUGAUGCUCUCCUCAAGUGGCCCUUCAACCAGAAGGUAACCCUUAUGCUACUGGACCAGAACAACCGAGAACACAUCAUUGAUGCCUUCAGGCCCGAUAUCUCCUCGUCCUCCUUCCAGAGGCCAGUCAGUGACAUGAACAUUGCCAGUGGCUGCCCACUUUUCUGCCCACUCUCCAAACUGGACUCCAAAAACGUGUACAUCCGUGAUGACACCAUAUUCAUUAAGGCUAUUGUAGACCUUACUGGGCUGUAA